UUCCUUUUCUACCACUGGGGGCAGCAAUCUGAACCGACACUGUUGUUUCUGACGUUAACCGGCAGGAAGCGCUUACUCAGUAGCCAAUCAGUGGCCCGAGACUUCACAGCACUGUUUAUCGCGAGACCUCUGCGCUUCCUUUUCCCUUUUCGCUCUGAGUCCAAGAUGGGAGUUGACAUCAGACACAACAAAGACCGUAAGGUGCGCAGGAAGGAGCCAAAGAGCCAGGACAUUUACCUGAGGCUCCUGGUUAAGUUGUACCGGUUCCUGGCCCGGCGCACUAAUGCUCCCUUCAACAAGGUUGUCCUGAGGAGGCUCUUCAUGAGCAGGACCAACAGGCCUCCGAUCUCCAUCUCCCGUCUGAUUCGUAAGAUGAGGUUGCCUGGCCGUGAGAACAAAACUGCUGUUGUUGUUGGAACGGUGACUGAUGACGUCAGGCUUCAUAAAAUCCCCAACCUCAAGGUCUGUGCUCUGAGAGUAACUGAUGGUGCCCGCAGUAGAAUCUUGAAGGCAGGCGGUAAGGUCAUGACCUUCGACCAGCUGGCUUUGGCUUCUCCCAAGGGACUUGGCACAGUGCUGCUGUCAGGACCCCGCAAAGCCAGAGAGGUGUACAGGCACUUUGGAAAAGCUCCUGGAACCCCUCACAGCCACACCAAGCCCUAUGUGCGCUCCAAGGGCAGGAAGUUCGAGAGAGCUCGUGGCCGCAGAGCCAGCCGUGGCUACAAGAACUAGUCUGUCUUUUUGUUUUCCAGGCAAUCUGAUACAAAUAAAAACGUGGCUGUACAAAAUA